UCCAACACAAAGCCACAGCUCCAGCACGAGACCGCGACCCAAACGGCACGCGUGGCCCAGAGUCACGCCCGCGUGUUAAAAGCCUGCGGAAAUUCUGAGGUGUGAGAAAAGACGCGCAGGCACUCGCCGCAAAGGAGCGCGUGAAAAAAAGAGGAAGAAAGGACGAACUGAGCUGAUAAAGAAUAUAAUCUCAUCAUGCUAUUUUUUUUAUUGGACACACAAAAAGUUGAAGAUGUAAAAAAAAAAUUCUGUGAUUUUUUUUUGUUGCUGUAACUAAAUCUAUUUUUCCCAGAAUGAGCUUUGAGGUGAAAGAAGCAGACAUUUUGAGUAAAAUCACCUUUCAAAUCUUGAUUUUUCUUUAACUUUACGCAUUUAUGCGCACGUUUGUGCACUAUGGUCCACGCAAUUCGGGGGGGAUCACUUGUCUUCAUUUAUUUAGGUUUUUUAUGAAUCAGAUCUGUUGAGUUAAACCUGGAUGGGGAGAGGGUUUGUGAGAGAGGAUGUGUGGGGACCCGAGAAAUGGGAGGAGCCUGGAGGAGGGGUUAGAGGACGGAUACAAGAGAUGGCAUCCUGGUGUCCUGGUUAGUCGCAGACUGGGAAAGAAGCAGCUACAGCUGGAACUUUGGGAAGUCUGGGAUAAUGAAGCUGCUUCAUGAGAAAGAAGAUGCCAUAAACGAUAGAAAGUUGAUAAAAUCUCAGGUGGAGAAACGUCGAAGGGAGAGGAUGAAUCACAGCCUGGAGCGGCUGAAGACCAUGCUGCUGAAGGAACCUCAGCAAGUAAAAGGUAGGACGCAGCACAGAGUGGAAAAGGCUGAGAUCCUGGAGCACACGGUCCUCUUCCUGCAGAAGAACACCAAGGAAUGCAGCGCUAAAGUUGCAGGUCAGAAACCCUCCUUCCAAGAUGGUUUCUCCACCUGCCUGCAGAGAGCCUCCCGGUUCCUGGGGCCGAAAGGGAGAGGCCUCUGGAUCGGACCAGUGCUGGACGCAACCUUUGCUGGUCGUUUCACGCGCUCCCACAAGGAUCCUGCUGAUGACCAGAGUAAACCCUCCAGCAGCUCCCUGACACACACCAAAUCUAUCCUCCAGAUGCUCAGGCAGAGAUCCAAGUCUAGUCAGCAGGCCUUAGGGGUGAGCAGCUUUGCCUAUCCUUACCGGUUUCCAGUCCAGCAAAGCUUUCCCAGAGUUCCUCAGCAGCCUCAGGCACAAAGCAGGCUGGAGAUGAGAGCAGAGAGACCCCCGACCAAAGAGGGCUCGUCCCAGAGUUCCCCUAUGAGCCAAACUUUGUGGAGACCAUGGCCCUGAUCAUCAGGCAGGAACCUCAGAACUAUAACUAACCUCAUCAGUAUAAGCUAGUCUCGUUUUAUAUUGUCCACAAAUGAAUAUUUACAUCAUAGUCAUAUAAGCUCCUAACUCCGAACCUUGUAAAUAAUGUAUAAAUUUGACUUGUACAUGUAGUGUGGUAGAGUUGACUCUCUCUUAAUGCUCAGUCAGUUUGGCAGCCAGAUAAUCUGCUGGCAGGUUUCUCUUCCCAACGAGGAUUCCUGAACCUGGAUCCUUCUGCCCAGCUGGGCCCAAGACCCCCCCAACAGGUGAGUAUGCGCCACUCCAACCGUUUUCACCUCCAUUCUGCCACCACUACUCCAGAGUGGGUUGCCGAUGUCAAUAAUGAUUGCAUGUCCAUCCGUCACAUUUCCAGGUGUGGAACCUGGGGGUUACAGUUUGGGAGAGCCCCUCAUUUUCAUCUAUGUGCCAUGAUGUCUGCAGGCAUGAGUGACAUCUGUGGCUCUGUGUACAAUUUAACACGCGUCCUUUCCAGAGAGAUUCACAUUUCUUGUCUGUUUUGCACACUAAUUUAUUCUGGUUGUCUCCCUAUGGUGAGCAUUAUUCCCAAUUUUUAUAUAAAUAAAGCAAUAAAUCUUUUGUUAAAAUGAAACAAACAAAGAAACAAGCAAACAAACAAACACGUGAAGUGAUUUUUUUUGUCCUGGUCGAAGCUGAAGGCCUUUUGUUCAGGGGUGUGAAGCAGGAACUCCUGCAGAGCUGCAGGUGUGAAGUCAAACACUCAGGAGCAGCUCUCACUUCAAAGACUAGAGGGAAAACUUGUUUCAUAUUAGCAAAAAAAAAUUAUAAGUUAAAGCACACUUUUAAACUCAUUUUAUAAUUGUAUUGUUGUCAAAUUACCUUAAACAUAAAAUUAAAGAUUAAAGGGAGUGGUGUAAUGCAUUAUAAACAAAAGAUAAAUGCAGAAUAUUUAAAAAUACAACAAGUAAAUGUUUAAUAAUUAUUUUUCCUUCUAUUUUUCUGUGUUUUUAUUGUUAUUGCUACAUUAUUUUCUUUUUGCAGUCAGAAAACAAUUAGAGCACACAAGGAGGUGAGGCUUAAAUGAUCCAUUUGCUUUCUGCAUGUCUGGAGACACAAACAUAACAACAAGCAUGAAGGUCACCAGAUUUUUAUUUCAUCUGUUUCUGAACAAUAAAUGAUUUAUUUGUUAAAAACAAACAUUUCUCUAAAUUAAGGAUCAAUAUCAGACAAAUCAGUAAGAUUGGCUUUUAGGGUGCCAUGCUAGAUUUGAAUUGUUUCUGUUAUUAUGCAACUUCUUAUAACAAAUAUGAAUGUAGACGAGCUUAAAAUAAAUGUUUAAAAUC